GGCUGUGGAGGAGAAUUUGCGUGUAUUGGUGACGUCACCAUCUCGGCUCCUUUCACCCUCCACCUUCAGUGAGUAGUCACAUCCCAGCGUCUCGAAGCCGAAAACCACGCACGGUUCCUAGCGCAAGCUCUCGACGAGCACCGCGCGGCAGACAUGGCGGCGGCUCCGUUAGCCCACUUCGACGAGGACUGGCAGGAUUUCAACGAAUUCAAGGAGUCGUCCGCCCAGCUUGACGCCGGUGGUUCGGCGGCGGCAGCGGGGGGCCUUGACGAUCUGUCCGACCUGGACAACAGUUUCUCGGGGGAGAUCUGCAGCUUCCAGUCCAUGGAGGACCUCGUCCACGACUUCGACGAAAAGCUGACCGUGUGCUUCCGCAACUAUAACACCACCACGGAGCACAUAGCCCCCAUUAAACCCAUCACGGAGGAUAAUUACCUGAAAGACGACGAGGUGUGGAACACUCUGACGGACAACUACGGCAACGUGAUGCCCGUGGACUGGAAGACGUCGCACACUCGCUCGCUCCACCUGCCCACCCUCAACCUCAAUGAACGCCAGAAGCUUGACAACCAGUCUUUGGAUUUGUCGGAUGACGAGGAGCUGAGGGAGCAGAUGGACAUGCACUCCAUCAUCGUCUCCUGCAUCAACGACGAGCCGCUCGUCACUGCCGAACAGGUGAUCGAGGAGAUAGAAGAGAUGAUGCAGGAGUCUCCUGACCCCGAAGAUGACGAGAGCCCCUCCCAUUCCGACCUCUCCAUGCUCUCUCAGGACCUUCACGGCCUCAAACGCUCCGGCUCCGACACUAGCUACGAGGAGCGGUUGCGUCAGCUGUCCGUGUCGGAGCUGAGCGAGACGCUGGAGGAGGUGGAGACGGCCAUCCGCCGCUACAGCGAGGAGCUCAUCCAGGCUUUGGCCCUGCGGGACGAGCUGGAGUACGAGAAGGAGGUGAAGAACAGUUUCAUCUCGCUGCUCAUCGACGUUCAGAAUAGGCAGAAGGAGCACCGUGAGCUUCUGCGCAAGAAGAAGAAGAUCCGCAGCGCCACAUUGCCAGGACCCAACGGCCACAGGAGCGCCAACACGCACGUCCCCGGCACGCGCCUCACUCUGGAGGGACUCUCCAAUGUCAUACAAAAUGGCCUCCGUCAAACUUUUGGCACUACAGGAGGGGACAAAAAGUACCUGACCACAGUGAUCCCCUAUGAGAAGAAAAUGGGCUCCCCUGCAGUGGAAGACCUCCAGAUCCUAACAAAGAUCCUUCAUGCCAUGAGGGACGACAGCGAGAAGGUUCCUGCUCUGCUCACAGAUUACAUCCUCAAAGCUCUGGUUUGAGAGCGCUGGACGCUGAGGUUUGUAAAGGACAUGGUCUCUUCAUCCUUUAUGCCUCUCUCUUUCUCUCUCUCUCACUCUGUCACUCUCACUCUUUAGUAGGGCUGGGCAGUAUAGAAAAACACCAGUGACAUUAUUCAAAACAUCCAUCCAUCCAUCCAUUCAUUUUCUGAGCCGCUUCUCCUCACUAGGGUCGCGGGCGUGCUGGAGCCUAUCCCAGCUGUCAUCGGGCAGGAGGCGGGGUACACCCUGAACUGGUUGCCAGCCAAUCGCAGGACACAUAGAAACAAACAACCAUUCGCACUCACAGUCAAGCCUACGGGCAAUUUAGAGUCUCCAAUUAAUGCAUGUUUUUUUUGGGAUGUGGGAGGAAACCGGAGUGCCCGGAGAAAACCCACGCAGGCACGGGGAGAACAUGCAAACUCCACACAGGCGAAGCCGGGGAUUGAACCCUUCACCUCAGAACUGUGAGGCUGACGGUCUAACCAGUCGCCCACCGUGCCGCCCGCUGUUUUAGCAAUUUUUUUUCAUUUCUCAGGUAGAGUUGUACACGUUUGGCGAGGCGACCUCUGCAAAAUAUUUAUGGCUUAGACGCACAUACCUCAGAUCAAAAGUUUAAAAAUGUUUUAAUAAACAACCGCCUUUGCAACGUAUAAAUGGCCACUGUGUCUUCAUGCGAUUAAUUCCGCGAUUGCCUUCCACUGGUCUCCUUUCUUGUCAAACGCAAAAUGAUGUGACCAAUGGUUCCGCUCGUUUUUUCUGUUAAUUUUGCAACACUUGACUGCGCUUUUGUGAACUACCUCGUCUCCAUGUUAUUGUUAAUGCAAGCAGUGCAGUCCAGUGUGGACUCAUUUGAACUAAGGAAUCUGCGAGAACAUUUUUUUUUUUUUACAAAUCGACCUGAGCAGUAAACUUAAUCGUUCAAAUCGAUGACUCGCCCAGCCCUACUCUCAACUUCAUCUGCAUAGUUGCAUUUUUGACCCCUUUCAUUCCCACUCCACCUGUAACACCGUCCAUUUAGCAGCUAGCAGACAGUAGCAGCUGAUCACCGCUCUUCACCCAUAGUGGUCAUCGUCUUCACCUCAGGCUACUCUUGCUCGUCAUGCCCAAACCAACUCAUUGUUCCAUCUCCUCUUGUGGUGUGUGUUCGCAGUUCUUUGUCCCACGUAAAAAUAAAAAAAAGCCGAUUGGCGCCCUCCUGCGUCCAGAACCUCCCUGGAGUGACGUCACAAAGAAGCUUCUGGAACGCUGGAUCUUUUAAACACGGACUUUCUUACCUUUUCAUGUUUUUACCUGGACAAGUAGUUGAGCAGAGUUGGACAAUCCUGACUUCUUGGUGGACGUUAACCAGUAUUACUCAUCGCACCUCAAAAGGCCCAAUUGACUCCUUGUUUUUAUUCCACAAUGUUCUUCAGCGAGGGAAACACCCUGCCGUCAGAGACUCCAUGUGGCAGCAGGCUGACCUUAGCAUCCAUCUGACUCUGCUAACCGCCGACUGAAUGUUGAAAGAAUUUUUUUUGUGUAUAAUGCACAUGAAAAAAGGAAAGCCGGACGAACAAGUACGACCACCUUGAGUAGUGACCUCACGCCCACCGACUCCAUCAUACCUCCUGCAUCACUUAAGCUAGCUAGUAAACGAGUUAGCAAUCUCAGUGGCUACGUAGCGCCGUUAAGCAUUUGGUGUUUAGUGAUCUCACCACUUUAGGUAUCACGUGGUAGCACUUCUUGUCUUUGUAGUGAUUUGCUUAUGUCUUAUAUUUGUUUAUUAGUGCUACAUAAGCUUUUAGCUUGUCAGCAUGCUAAUGCGGGCUCUUUGUAUGCUACCUUAACCAAUGACAAACUACAUUUUCUGUGCUAAAUUUUCACACAGUGAUGUUCUAAGUUUUCAGAACUUCACUACCUAUUGGCAGCUUUUUUUUUAUUUUUAUUUUUUUUAAUUUUUUUAAAGUAACUGUCACCCAGCAAUAGAACAUUACAGGGGGUUCGCGGUUUAUGGUGGUAUAGGUUACGAAUGGCACGCAAUUAACUAUUUUGCACAGUGGCUAAGAAUACGUGGUCACGCAGCACAGGAAGGCAAGCUCAUUUAUUGUACCUACUACUUUUCAUUUGAUUGUUUUGUCUUUAUAGCCUAUAAAUGUUUUUCAUUUAUCAUUUCAACUGUCAUAAUGACUUUGGGUUAUGUCAGUGCUGAAGAAACAAGCACAUUGCCAACCAAGGGCACCGCGAUGGAUACUGGUGGUGUUCGACAAGGUUUUAUACUAGGUUACCAGAUUGGCAAUCUGUAGAGUUCAGCAUCAUGUCAAUUUGUACGUAACUCGGAAUGUGCCGUAGUGCAUCACUAGUCUACAGCAAUGCGGUUGCGUAAUCAUAAUUGCAUAACACUUUCAAGCCAGAAAUAUAAAACAUUCAAAUGAAAGGCAUUAAGUAUGGCAGUAAGUGGGUGUGAUAUCUUGUGCCGUGUGACCACUUAUUCUUACACCGUUCAUAAUCGCCAAAUAUGGGAUUUCGGGACCAUCCUAAAUCAAGGACCCCCUUAAAACGUUUUUACAAAAAACAUGCAAUUUUUUUUUACAAAGUGGUGAUACUGAAUUCGAAACAUGAACAUGAGCUACUAUCAGGUCCAGUCGCACUCUCAGGUACGACCAUCAGCAUUUUCAGUCGUAUUCCUCUUAUUAAAUGUCUACCAUAAAGCUCGAGGGCAUCCAUGUAGUCAACUUUAUGUUCAAAUUUAUGGGGGGAAAAAAGGGUGCCACAGGACGUUUAAGUGUGCGCUUUUAAACGUUUUUAAUGGUAAUCAAAAGGAAAAAGCGCUUGAAUUCUAUUCUUUAUAAACUGUGAUGUGCUGCCUGCACUUUACUACCGCACAUACAGUACAUUACCUCCUUCAUUCGAAUAGAUUUUUUUGACCAUUCAAAUAGGCGUCUGAAAUUUUCAGUCUUACUUGCCGGCUGACGCGUGAAAUCCAAAUCAGGUCCGUUUUAAAGGAAAAUAUUUUGAUGUAAUCCGAUAAGAAGAAAUUAAUUUAGUUUUCUAAGAAAACAUCCUUGGCUUAAAGAACAAUUUUAGAGAUUUAUAUUUUAUAUGCAAGAUGAGCAACACAAAAAAGACUGCCUUUGUAAAAAAAACAAUCUACAAUAAAUCGACUGCUUUUUAAUCCUUUUUAAUGCAUCGGAAUCUGCCCCUUUUUUGGGAUGUUUAUGUUUACUAUCUCAAGUGGUACUGCAGUAUAUUAAUUUAUUUUUACUGUCGUUCUGGUUUUUUUGUGACAAUUCUAUUGACUAAUGUUCAAAUGUUUUGUGGCAGCAUUGCACCUCAUUUCAAAUAAAUGAUUACGUGAAAACUA